GCCCCCCCCCCAGCAGGCUCGCCGGAGGCCACUGCCGCGACCCCGGCGGAGCCUGCGGCCCAGCCUUGAGUCCCCGUCCCCGGGGGCUGGCAUGAGCAACCGCUUCGCCGUACCAGGGGGCGGGGGAACCGCCGCCUGAGACUAGGCCUGCUGCCGACCCCACCUCGCCGAGCGAGCCUGACCGCGGAGCGUGCGAAAGACCCGGUCACUGCUUUCUUCCUUCCCUAGAUCACGGCCCUGCCCCGAAGAUGGGGAACUGCCUCAAAUCCCCCACCUCGGAUGACAUCUCCCUGCUUCACGAGUCUCAGUCAGACCGGGCUAGCUUUGGCGAGGGCACGGAGCCGGAUCAGGAGCCGCCGCCGCCAUAUCAGGAACAAGUUCCAGUUCCAGUCUAUCAUCCAACCCCUAGCCAGACUCGGCUAGCGACUCAGCUGACUGAAGAGGAACAGAUUAGAAUAGCUCAAAGAAUAGGCCUUAUACAGCAUCUGCCUAAAGGAGUUUAUGACCCUGGAAGAGAUGGAUCAGAAAAAAAGAUCCGGGAGUGUGUGAUCUGUAUGAUGGACUUUGUUUACGGAGACCCAAUUCGAUUUCUGCCGUGCAUGCACAUCUAUCACCUGGACUGUAUAGAUGACUGGUUAAUGAGAUCCUUCACGUGCCCCUCCUGCAUGGAGCCAGUUGAUGCAGCACUGCUUUCAUCCUAUGAGACUAAUUGAGCCAGGGUCUCUUGUCUGACUUCAAGUGAACCAUCAUUUCUGGUGGUUUUGAUCUUUUGUCACUGAGCCCAAAGAGCCAGGGAUUAGGAAUUAAGAUCAUGCACAAAAGUUUCCUUAAAAUUCCUGGAUGGCUGCAGAUGUUGAGGAAAGUAUGUAAUAUUUUAGAAACUUAGGGGGGGAAAGUAGGAUGGUAUUUUUAUGUAAAGCCUUGACCCAGUGUUUAAAAGAUAAUUGUAUUUAGAUCUUGUUAUUGCUCCAGUACAUAGGAAUUGUGUAAAGUGUUACAGCAACUAUUCAUGUUUAAAUUGUGUAUGUUGAAGAUUAGGAAAAAGAUAGUGAUUAUUUUUCCUAAAUGAAAUAACUCUUCUCCCUUCCACCCAGAUUCUUUUCUGAAGUUACCGGCAUUUGGGUCAAGGUUUUAUUAAAAGCUACAUUUUAUAACACUGGCACAAAAAAGUAGUUUUAAGCUUGUUUGCACAGUUCUUUUUUCCAUUGGAAAUGGAAUUCAUUGCCUUAGGUCUUUUAAAAUAGUGUUUUAUUGUUGGGGCUGGCUCUGUGCUUGCAAUCCAGUUUAUUUAUAUCCUGUUGUAAGUGCUAUAUUCUGUUUGCAGUUAGGAAAUGCAGAAUUCAAAGUGAUCUCCUAGCUUGUAAGCAAACUGAGAUGCACUAUUCCUUUUCUAUAAAAAAUGCAUCAAGAAACCAACUCCAACAAAUUGAUUUAAUAGUGCCCUUUCUUAUGUGUUUAUCUAACUGUUUUGGUUGUUAAAAUGGUGAUAAUUGAAAGUCAAGGUAAAUUUUAAAUAUGGAGAUUCUGAUUUUUUGAGCUUGAAUUAUGCUACCAUGUUUAUGUGAAAAUGAAGGUGGUACCAUGGUGGAACGUAAAAAGUAGUAGUUCUCAGUUGUAGUAGUUUUGAUUUACUGUUUUCUCUGACCUCCUUCCUUGUCUUGACCCAAUAGCAAAAGGAUACUGCAUCUCCCAUUACUGUUGUGCUGAGGUUUAUUGAAGUUAUAUAAACACAUCUCAGUCUGUGUCUCUUAGAAAGGUAUCUAUUAAGUCCUGCGGGGUGACUGAUAGACUAAGCAAAGAAUAAAGGUAAAUGUGUUUCAUGUUUUGCACACAAAUGCAGAGUUUGUAUAACCACAUGACUUCAUGGUUGUGAUCUCAAGGAAUUUCUCAUUUAAUUUUUCUUGCAGUUAAUGUAAGAAUACUCUAAAUCUCUAAGCUUCUGAAGUGUUAGAGGUAGAGAUGGUCUAGUAAAUAUGUAGUAGUAAUGUUUUAUCCACUUGGCAUGUGUUUCUUUUUCCUUGUGUACUCAAAGGUGACUUACUCAUUCAUCUCAGUGAUAUGACAGCUAAAAAUCGUUCAUUAGCAAAACGAGAAACAGUCUCUGCCUAACAAACAAAUAUUUCUUAUUAUUUUAUAUUGAGUUGAAUACUUGACUCAACACUUUUCUACACACAAGACAAGUUUCUGGAAGGUUCUUCGUAAUUGCAUUAUAGGGUAAUUUAGUAUGUCCUAAGUACUUAUUUGACACUCAACUAUAUUAUGCAUAUGUUGGUUAAUUUCCUUCUGAGCCCCAUGAUGGAAUGACUCAAAGAUGAAUUUGAGGAAAAUUGAAAGAAACUAAGUAUCAGAUUCUGUUAAACUGUUACAUGUAUCUUGCUUAAAUUUCUGUUCAUUAAUUUAUAUCUACCCAAUUACAUAAAGCAAAUUUGGAGGAAACAGCAGAA